CACAAAUUUGGUAUCUUCCACAACAAAAGAGCUGUUCGACAAUUCUCUAGCUAGUGCUUUGAUAAAGACAACAAACAACAAACAACAAAGAUGACCAAGACAAUCGAGUGCAAGAGCGGGGAACAAGAAGCUUUCAUUGCUGUUCCAGUUUCUCUCAGUCAAGAGCCUGAUGUGGAAGAAAGUGAGAAGGAUUUCAGCUGGGCAUCUUGCGGCGAAAGCUGUCUCUUGGCAAUUCUCCCAUGCUUGUUGUUCAUCCAAUUCGGUGUUGCUUACUUGACGGAGAGCCCACCUCAAAUUCACUGGAUGAUCGUGAACUUUGGAAUUGCUUGCUUCAUUGGAACAGCUCUCAUUUUCCGAAGAGCUUUUAACGAGCCCGAAUCCCUCGUGGCAUUGAUUCCAGAAGUCCUCAUCGAUGUCAUCCUUGGUCUCAUUCUGUUUGAAAAGACAGAAAUCGCAGCCAUCGUCAUGUUCGGAAGCAUUUUGAGCAUGGGUGUUGUGGCUGUUGCCAAGCUUGCCAUGACAACAACUGAAGAGGAGGAGGUUGAAGUUGUACGCCGUGGUGACUGGAACGCAUAAACGAAACCUAUUGCGAAAACUCACAUCUGCACGGUUUCAACGAAUUGCGACGAUCGCAAUGGACUAUUCAACAACAACACUGGGGGACAAAAUCAAUCACUGAUAAGCCAAUUACCUUCGGAACUUCCAGCCUCUCGAGCUUCCCUUGGCCGCUCACAUCGAAUCACAUUGAUGCAAUAGUCUCAAACUAAAACACAAACUGUAACAACACCAACCACAUUUCUGCUGUCUUGCAUUACAAGUUGCCUACUAGUAGUCGUUGUGCUUCCCAAUCCCAUAGGCCUGAUGAUUGU